AGAGUCGUCGAUCUCGUCCCUGUCGUGACUGCUUGACUGCCUGCUGAUCUGCUCGCCUCUGCUGAUGCGCUCGUCGCCGCUCCCUUGUCCUCCUCCCUUCAUGAGCCGGCAGCUUUGACUACAGGACCUCAAGGACCGCACAGAUGGUCCCGCUCAUAUAGGAGGUCUCAACAGCGAACGUCCCCCAGCUGAUCUCUUGUCGUUUGGGGUGCCGCUGCAGCGCAUGAUCCGAUCCAUGAUGUCGGACGAUACAGACGACAGCGGCGAGCUGCUGCUCGAUGGCCCCUUCGAUCCAGACGCGCAGGCUACCGUCACCGACUUCAUUGACUACACCGAAUACCUCCCCGCGGAUCUGAUCCGUUCUCUCACCCUUAUCCGUCAGCUGGAUGAGAGGUAUCUCGCCGCUGCGCAGACAGUUCACGAGUUGACAAAGACCUACGGACAGCUACCAGACAUCCCUCCCGAGUCCCGGCCCAACAUUCGUGCUCUGCGCAAGGAGAUUUCGCGCCAGCUGGAUCGCGCCAUCAAUGCGCGCGAGUCGGCUUAUGCCGAAUCCUGUCGCCUCUACGAUGUCGUCGACCGUCAUUUCGAACGCUUGGACUGCAUCAAGAAGAAGCUUUAUGCCCUUCCAAAGCCUCCCUCCCGCGAACCCACGCCUGCCCCUGCCCCCGUCUCUCCAGAGAACAAGCGCUCCAGAACCGGUAGAAAGGGCGAAGAUGGCGCGUCGACCACGCGCAUCACAUUACGUGUGGAUGGCCAAGAUCAGAAGUCGAGGAGCCGCCGGUCGUUGCUUACUGGAGGACAUGGCUUCAAUCCGGAUUCGCCCAUUGCUAGUACAGAACAAUCCGACGUGGAAGCGGAAACGCAAGGCUCUCUAGACACGAAAGUUGCCAAACCCAAGAAGGAGAAACAACCGAAACGCCCUCGAGCUAAUCGCCCAUCUGGAAUGGGCACCAAUGUUCACAGUUCGGUUGCCGGGAUCUCAACCAGCAACGCUUUGGCAUUGCUCAAGCCACCUCCAGAGGAUGCCAAGAUGGGAAGUGAAGAUCUCCCAUGGCUGCGCCUGACAGAGUGGGAAAUGACCAAGCUCCGCAAGAAGAUGAAGAAGAACGCGGUCUGGCAGCCAAGUGAAAUCAUGAUCCAUCGAGAACUUGCUCUCCGCGGACGUGGAUGGGAAGGCUACAGGGCAGCCAAAGCGGCUGCGGAGGCGGACGGGACGGAAUUCAUCGACUGCGACGACAUAAUGAACAACUACGUGCCUGGAAAGCUCAUCCGCAAGACAGAAGCUGGCGGAGAAGCGGCCGCCGUGGAGGAGACAAAGCUGAGCAAUCGCGGUAUGAAGCUGAACGAGGCCAAGAAGUUGAAGCGCGAGACCUUAGCCAGAGAACAAGCAGCAUUGGCUGCAGCGGAAGCAGAGCUCGCUGCGAAGCGUCUCGGCGACAUCGGCUCCACCUUCAAGAGCUUGUUCCCUACCCCUGGGGAUAGUGCCCAUGGUACCCCUGGACAACCAGGAACCUCCCAGAAGGCGAACGGUGCUGCAGGAAAGGAAAAAGAGAAGGCCAAGACCCCGAAGAAAAGAAAGCUCGAGGAGACUGCUGUUUCUGAGCCGUCGGCUCCCACUCAAGAGACUGAAGCAAAGUCCGCCAAGAAGCGCAAACCGAGCAAGUCUACGCCCGUUGCGACAAAUGUUGAAGAAAAUGCGGCUCAAGAGAAAACGGUUGCAGUCCCUGAGCCUGAGAUUUCCACAACAGCUCCCGCGGCUCCCACUGCGCCUUCUAGUCCUCCGAAGAAACCAUCUCCGGUGCCAUCAGCAAAAGCACCAACUCCUCCAGCAGCUCCGUCUGUUCCAUCUGCUCCGCCUGCAGCAGAGUCUGUUGCUGCUCCAGUCGCGCCGGCCGCGGCACCCGUCUCGAAGCCCACUACGACCCCAACUCCUCCAACCACCCGUCCUCCUUCCCGGCGACGCUCUGCUGCCCAUUCUGCCGAGCCUGUGAGUAGCGUUAUCCAUACUGGCCUCCGAGAAGGGCUACGCCGCAAGAGUGCUACCCCAGCCAAGACGCCUGUCCCAGAGCCUAUUCGGCCACCAAGUGCGCCUGCCACCACGGCAGCAAGUCGACGGAGCAAGCGUCCUGCCCCUGGUCCUGUGUCUUCAGGCCAGGACGGCGGUGCGGCCGUCAGCUACGGACGGAGAAAAGCCAAGCCAGCGAAGAAGAAGGCCACAUCUCGAGAACCGGGCCCUCAAGAGAGCUCAGUCGCUCCCAAGGAAGAUGUUCGCAUUGACGAAGACGGCGUCUUAGAGGAAAUAGAUCCGAACGAGCCACGCUAUUGUCUGUGUGGAGAUGUGAGCUUCGGAACGAUGAUUUGCUGUGAAAACAACGAUUGCGACAAAGAAUGGUUCCAUCUCGACUGCGUCGGUCUCUCGGAAGUGCCCAGCCGUACUGCCAAGUGGUACUGUCCCGACUGCCGUGUGAAACUCGGCAAGGGCCCCAACGGUAUCGUCAAGGUUGGGUCCCGUCGAUGAAGAGGCCUAGAUGGCGGUUAAUCGAGUUGGUUUUAUAAUAAGCGCAAUGAUACCAAGGGAGUUCGGUUUGAGAGAAAAUGGCAUGACCGGGAUGACAGCGAGUAUGGGUUCUCCUUUGCUUUUUUUUAUUUGGGAAGUGCGCGGGUGAUCGGGAGUGAUGGAGUUUACUUCCUGUUUCGUUGGUGUCUAGAUAGGUCGAGAAUAUGAUAUGAC